AUGGCGCGGUUCAAAAUGUUUGUCAAACAACUUGGAGAUAAGCAAGCUGUCUGCAAGGUGGAUGCCCCGAAUGAUGACUUCACAUCAGAAGUUGAACAGUUAAGAGCAGCAAUCAAAGAGAAAAGGAGAGGAAAGUUUCGAGCUGGUGUGAUGUUGCUCCAGGACAAUGCUCCUGUCCACACAGCACAGGUGGCAUUGGCAACAGGAACCCAAUGUAGCUUUGAACUCUUACCUCACCCUUUCUACUCGCCGUUGGACUUCUACCUGUUUCCUAAACUAAAGUCCCACUUGCGUGGUCACCAUUUUGAGACUGAUGUCAUCCAAGCUGUUGAGGCCUAUCUAAAGGAUCAAGAUGAAACCUUCUUCCAGCUGGGAAUAGGAAAACUGGAACAUUGA